UCCUCACCUCACCGCAUGCACCUUCAACAUGGAUAGAGACUUGCACACGCAUGUGCACAUCACGCCCUCAUUCCCUUUCGAGCUGCACUACAUCAAAGCACUUUAUCUGAACCAUCAAUACAAAGAGUGCGCGCGUAGAUGCGAGGACUUGCUCUGUCACAAUCAGGAUGAACCAGCACACGUCGUCUUCCUCAACUUCUAUGGUGCACUGUCUCAUGAAGGCCUUGCAAAGAUAAUGUAUGUUUAUUCAGUGUGGAGACUGCCCAGAAUCUCUGCAGCCGAGUCCGCGUACAACAAAGCACUGGAUGCGUGCUCAGAAGCAGAGCAUCGCCUCGAAGAGAGCUCUACACUAUCACUACCAGGAUUCGCCCUCGAUCAUCCCGUGCCCCAUCUUGCCGCUUCGAACAGCAUCCAUGUGCGCAAGAGAAGCAACAAGCCGUCCCUUGCUCAUUUCGGUCCAGGACUUGAUUCUUCUCACACCAAGUCGAGCAAACAUGCCAAGCGUGUCAACUUCAGCUGGUCACGCAGCUUUACACCACUGUCAUGCGCAACAAUCAAAGCCAUCCAAUACAGCGUGUGUCAAGACAUGAUGUCUCCCCUAGAAGACCCAUUUACAGUCUCNCCCUCUGAGUCAUCAAGCGGCGGAACAUCCGCUCAGGACACUCCAAUCAAGACCGACCAUCUCAGUGCAAAUGGCAGCAAAGAUGUAUUCGACUCACCUCAUCCUCCAACUCCCACUCCUUCCUACAGAUCCGUUCAGCCUUCCGUCUCGCGUGCUCAUGCAACUUACUUGGCCCACCUCGCCGCCCUGCACGACCAACUUACCACUCAUUUUCAACAACUCCUCGAGUUGAAGCAGUCUACCAUCGCUGAACAAGAAGAGCGUGUCCGUCGUCAAAGCGGAUCUACCUCGUCCGCCAGUAACACCAAGACCAACACCAAGUUGCCUCAGUCACGCAGUUUCUGGAGCUUCAAGGACGCAGAGGUGGAGAAGAAGGAGAAGCUGGCCCGAAUUGAGGAAGGUAGAGCCAAAGGCUGGAAGACUGCUAGAUUCGAGCCAAAGAGAUAUACUGAGUUGGCUGAGAAUGCACUUGCCGAGUUGGAG